AUGAGUUUAUCCGUGAUCGAUUCCCAAAUCCCAGCUCCCUCGUUCUAUUUUCUCUACGUCAAAAAAACCCUCGUCCGCUCUUCGUUCAUCACCGAUCAAUCAACUUCAGAUGGUCGUCCCCGCCUCCUCGUCGGUCAGCUGGUCGUCGGCUCGUCGCCGCCUCGCCGGUCAUUAGGUGGUCGUCGCCCGUCGGCUUGUCGCAGCGUUGCAGCCAUCAGCUCGUCACCUCCAGUUUACACUUUAUUGGGAUUCAUUCUUGAAUAUGCUUGGCAUGGCGGCAUGGCCCUGGCAAAAUUCUUCUUCCCUCGACACGAGUUGAUUCGUCAGAUUGGUGUUCUUGAUCUCUCACAGGAAGCUACUUGCACCAUGGGGAAGAGGAAGUCAAGAGCAAAGCCUGCUCCUAGGAAGCGAAUGGACAAACUGGACACUGUAUUUAGCUGCCCUUUCUGCAACCAUGGCACCAGUGUUGAAUGUCGCAUUGAUAUGAAGAACUUGAUUGGUGAGGCAUCUUGCAGGAUUUGCCAGGAAAACUUCAGCACUACUGUCACAGCUUUGACAGAGCCAAUAGACAUAUAUAGUGAGUGGAUUGAUGAAUGUGAACGUGUUAACACUGUUGAUGAAGAUGGGGUCCCUGUUGAAGAUGAUGAAGCUUAGAAAAUGGUUGGAGAAAUCUGGUUUCAUUUAGGUUUAUGUAUGAUGUAUGGUUUGGUAUUUUCUGAAUUUGAGACCUAAUUAGUAAUUACUGAAUGUAAGGCGAACGUAGAUUGGGAACAUGUUAAUGAGGCCUAAUCUUAUAUA